UUCAGAAGGGACCGGCCCUGCUGGAUUCCUGACUUAACUGUAAGGUGAUAAAUUUGUGUUGCUGUAAGCCACGAAACAAGUCUGGGUAAUUUGUUUACAGUGCAAAGGAAAAGUAACACGUGAGGUAAUUAUUCCUGUGUUAUGGUUAAGAUGAAGGGCGAGAGAGGUCACAUGUGGCAGGUAGCACCGCUGGGAAAACCCGGGUCAAGUGCAUCCAGCUCCAGAUUUCCACCUGGCGGCCUAGGGCUGUAGGGCAGAAAACACUAAUACUCAGAGGCUUCUGGGGCUGCGUGGCCCCUUUAAGGGUGGGGAGGGGCGGGGCUACGGUUGCCUGGAGACCAGCUGGUUUGGACGCGCAGGCUUCGAAUCACUUUGGUUGGGCCUGGCUUCAGAAGUCAGUAAAACUCAUCAAUGCUUUGAAACAAACAGCUCUCAGCCAAAGAAAUCAUCUGAUAACUUACAGAAAGUGAACUUUGGGUCUUCUAGAGGGGAUGGUGAAAGACAAGAAAAAAGCCGACAGAAGAGUGGAAAAGUCUGCCCGCUCUUCCUCCUCUCUCUCUGAUAAUCCAGAGAUUUCUAAACUAGAUGACAAUUCUGCUAGACAAGAAAGGUCCCCAAGUCCUGUCCCACAGUCAGAAGUGCAGUUCCACGAACCGGGGUCCAAACGGGAAUCCAGGAACCCGCAGCAGGAUGACGAAGCCGGUCUGUAUGAGCUGCCCGUGCUCAGCGACCUCGUUGAAAGCUAUGAAGGGGGAAAAGUGCGAGGCCUGCACGACAGAGAAGACUUCGCGGUCUUCCAAGGAGGCGGCGCCUACCGCGGGCACUUUGUGAAGAGCAUCUCCGUGAACCUCAGCAUGCACACGUGGCCGGACGGCAGCACCUACAAAGGCGAAGUGGUCAACGGCAAGAGGAACGGGUUUGGUGUGUUCAAGUGCGUCACGCAGCCCGUGUCCUACAUCGGCCAGUGGUGCCAGGGCAGGAGACACGGGAUGGGCUGCAUUUAUUAUGACCGAGAGGGUACCUCUUCCUACGAGGGGACCUGGGACCACAACGUCAGAAAGGGCUGGGGAGUAAGACGUUACAAAUCUGGAAAUGUGUACGAAGGUCAGUGGGAUGACAACAUGCGGCACGGAGAAGGCAGGAUGAGGUGGCUGACGACUAACGAGGAGUACAGCGGCCAAUGGGACAGGGGCGCCCAGAAUGGUUUAGGAACACACACCUGGUUUCUAAAGAGAGUCCCCAACUCCCAGUAUCCUCUGAGAAAUGAAUACAGAGGGAACUUCGUGAACGGGUAUCGUCAUGGCUAUGGGACGUUUUACUACGCCAGUGGAGCCACGUACGAGGGAGAAUGGGUUUUCAAUAAAAAGCACGGCUUGGGCCGCUUGACUUUCAAGAACGGGUGCGUGUAUACUGGCCCGUUUUACAAUGACCACAUAGCGAAGUUUGCAGACCUCGAGGAGGAAUGGAUGGAUGACCCAGACCUGUGCUCGGACUCCGCCCUCGGGACCCAGCUCCGAGGAUCUUCCAGUGCCGAAAUCAUCAGGAAGCUUGAUGGCAGCGGAAGUAAUCCAGUGUUGGGCUCGAGCAUCGAGCUGGACCUGCGUUUGCUGCUACGGAGGUACCCCGAGAAAGACCAAGCAGAGGAACGGAAGCAGGUCGAGUAUGCUGUCCUAAGAAAUAUCACAGAAUUAAGAAGAAUCUAUAACUUCUAUAGCAGCCUAGGGUGUGACCGCUCCCUGGAUAACACCUUCCUGAUGACAAAGCUUCACUUCUGGAGGUUUCUGAAGGACUGUAAACUUCACCACCAUAAAAUCACCCUUGCUGACAUGGACAGGGUGUUCAGUGCCAAUAAUGACAUACCAGUUGAGGAAAUUCAUUCUCCGUUUAAAACAAUCCUUCUGAGGACGUUUCUGAGUUACCUCGUGCAGCUGGCUCACCACAUUCAUCACAGAGAAUACCAAAAUCGGAGCCCCUCGCUGUUUCUGUGCUUCACGAAACUGAUGACCGAGAACAUCCACCCCAAUGCCUGCCACGUAAACGGCAUGUUGUUCAGUGAGCAGCAGCAGACGCUGUACGCGAUGAAUUACGUCGACCUGACCUGGGAGGUGUACAAGGCGUACUGCCGGCCGCACCCCGCGCCGCCCCACGAGCUCACCAUGAAGGCGAGACACUUCCUCUGGAUGCUGCAGAACUUUAAAAUGUUAAGUAAAGAAUUAACAGCAACCAGAUUCGUGGAGGUCAUUGCGGAGGACAAUCCUUUCAUGUGUGACGGAAUUGACAGCAACUUGGAACUUGAGCUGGUUUUCCUGGAGUUCUUUGAAGCUCUCUUAAGCUUCGCCUUCAUCUAUGUUACCGACUUAAACAGAUCCUGUUUAAGUUCUCCAAACGACGACUUCCCCGAGAGCAAACACGGAAGCACCUGUGUGCCAACAAAUAAGAACAGGAGCCUGAGUCCAGAAACGAGCCAGGAGUCCGACGUGCACUUCGACAGCAUCAAGUCGUCCUCGGGGAGGUUAGGGCUCUUGCUUGACUUCGGCGAAAUCGAGACGACAGAGGGCAAUUUCAAGAAGUCUCUAAGUGAUGAGAGAAUUACCAAAAUUAAUUUUCUAUCUGCAGGGAAAGCACUAACCUUUUAUCUACCUCAAAAUGAGAAGCAAGCAAGCCCCGAGGACGAGCAGACCGAAAAGCUCAGCGCGUGGGUCAGCUGUGUGUGCUGCUUUUUUGUCAACGCGCUCUUCCCGGCUCACAGACGCGAAGAGAUCCUCCAGGGGAAAGUGAGGGAGAACAAGGCCCAGCUCAUGGCCUUGGAAAGGCACGGAGAAAGGGUGGACAGCGUGGAUAGAAGGCUGAAUAGCUUGAGAAAGGAAGAGCCCAAAAGACAAGACUCUGAGGUCCACAUCACCGUGAUCAAGGAGCCGGUGGAGGCCACGUCCUUGCAUCUGAAUCUGACACCGAGUCCCCCUAAAGAGGACACGGUGAUGGUCCAAUCCAAGACCAGCACCAGUAAGAAAAAGAAAAAAUAGAGGUCACUGGGUUUCUAGACAUAAAAGGAGUUCAGGACCAAAGCAUUGUGAUGAAUUUCCUGACCAAUAAAACCGGCUGUGUUUUACUUUCC